AUGUUGAUCAGGUCGCUUGGGCAAGUGCAGCUUGGGCACUGUGAGCACUGUCGAUGCGCCAGGGUGCUUGGCACGCUGCUGGGCAAGUGCGGGGGCCGGGACGCUGAGUGUAUGCGCGCAAAAUUGCCUGACCCCAGGGGGGAUUGAACUCAUGACCUGCUGGUUGCUCUGGGCUCAUAACCUAUGAAGGAACAAUAUACCACUGCACCAAAAGGCGAGGCACCUCUACUUCAGUGAGCGCAUAUUGUCCUAGAAGUGAGAUGGAGCGAAGUUCAACACCUGCUCCGCUGGCGCGUUCAUCAGCGGUUCGAGCUGGACAACGUCGUGGCCUCUCCCUCGCUUCCCAGUGCGCUCAGAGCGUUCGAGCGAGAUUUUCUCUCUCGAGCGGGCUUUGUGCCUGGGGCUCGAGAUUGGGAGGUGUGAUGACCGAGUUAAGUCCUUCCUUCCCAUUUUCCUCCCCUGCUCUCUCUCCCCUCCUUUCCUCCCUUCCUUUUUGGAGGUCGACUUUUCUUUCAGAAGCUGACUGUCUUGAAACUUGUUGCGCAGUGGAAGGCUGCGCACCUCUCCCUCUCUCUACUUUGUGCAGUAGCGGUUUUCGUUCUUGGAUGGAUCGGCAAGCCGGGUCGAUCGUCGUUGCGUUGGAGGCUUUGUGAAGUUCUCCCCUCUCUUUCCCCCCCUUUCUCCCUUCUCUUCCUCAUCUCGUUCCUGUUGCUCGGUUGUUGACUACGCUUCAGCCACUUCUCCUUUUAUUCCUAAGCCGUGUGUUGGAUUCCGUCGAAUAGAUCGUUCGUUCGCGUUGGUCAAGAUCUACGGCAUGGAUCGGGAAGAAAGGUCGCUCGUUUUUUUGGUCAAUAUCCUCGCGUCAAGGCGAGGCUCGUUUCGUUGUAUUGGAUCGUUUUCGCUCGGCCCCGACGGCUCAACAGCCAGCACUCGAGACUCAGCCAAGGGAGGACAUCAGGCGCUGUCGGGGUGACGAGUAGCUGGGGCUUGGCUGCGGCCUGUCAGUCCCUGGGGACCUCUAGCUCUGGCUUCGACCCCCUCCCUUGGCCCCUCGGGUGUGUUCCCCUCCUCUCUGUCUUAGUAUUCCUGGUUCUCCGUGUUUCCAGUCGUGAAUUUUUGUAUAUUCUCCCCUUUUCUUUCUCUAGGCGCUCUUGCCUGGUUUUCGAGUAUCUUCGCUCCCGCUCUUGGGACGUGAAGCGGCAGCAGUACUCACCGCCCGUUGGAGUCCGCGUUAGGUGCUCGGCGGGUUUUGAUCUGCGCAGCGCUCUUUGCGCGCAGGGGUUUGACUUUCACCCAAUUGCUUGCCGUCGUUGCUUUAUAACCUCUUUUAGCUCUUUUUGUAGCGGUCCCAGCCAACCCGAAGGAUUGCAAUUUAUGAGCCCCAGUAAAAAAAAAAAAAAAAAAAACCGGCGGAUGUGCUCGGCGACAACAGCGAGUACGAUCGACGCGGGCUCCCGCAGCGACUGGCAAUCGCGGCCUGGUACCGGUUCACUGUCGAUCGACACAAGAACACCCCCUUGGCGGCGGCGGUGGCGGCGGGACGACUCAACGUGCCUCCCCGGAUCGGCACCAGCGCACCACUCGAGGCGAUCAUCCCCAAGCCCGUGGCCCGCUUCGCAAUGGAGCAGCGCCUUCCGGACCCGGUGCUUCCACAACAGGCGAGCCAGUAUACGCUGCUGAACAUGGCUCGCCCCUACACAGUCCGUCGCAUCCGCCGGGUCCUGAACGCGAAGGCAUUUACCAACAUGCUCGGGCUCAAGGGACCACCGCAGCCGGACGACCUCAGGAGCUUCUGGAAGGCAGUCAACUCGAAGGCACUGACAGCGAGGGAGAGGGAAGUUUGGUUCAAGCUGAUCCUCCGCUUCACCCCGACGCGCAAGCUCCAGCACGAGCAAAAGCAUGUCACUUCUCCCGCGUGCCUCGUGUGCGAAGCGCCGGUGGACGACACCGAUCACUACUUCUUCGGCUGCGUCGACUCGCGGAACGUCUGGACCGCGGCAAGGGGCGUGCUCUGCGACGCGCUCGGAUGCGACACGAUCGAGGACGCCGAGUACACGACACUACAACGACUCUUUGGCCUCCCCAAGCUCAAGGCCAAGCUCAGCGAACAGGAAGGCGCAGGCAGGACGAUCGAGAUCUUCACGGGGAUGGUCUUGGAGAUGAUCAGCAGUGGGAGAUGGAGGAUGCAGAAGCACGGGACGAGGAUGGAAAGCCUGGAGCGGAGGAGGGUGGUACUGGAGGAGAGGAUGAAGUUGAGGGCGGGGGGAGCAAGGGGCGGGCGAGGGCAGUAG